CAACAGUCGAUCACUUUCCAUUGCAACAGCAACAUCAGAGCUAUAGCUACUCUUGCAAAAUCUAAAGUCAAAUAAAACCACCAUGAACUUCUACAACAUCUUCGUUUUCGUCGCUCUCAUUCUGGCCAUCACCAUUGGACAAUCGGAAGCUGGUUGGCUAAAGAAAAUUGGCAAGAAAAUCGAACGUGUUGGUCAGCACACUCGCGACGCCACAAUCCAGGGACUGGGAAUCGCUCAACAGGCCGCCAAUGUUGCAGCCACUGCUCGAGGUUAACCACGAUGACUAUCUAAUAAAUAUUUAUACAAAAUCUUAUUUAUUUUUUUUGAUCUAAGUAAAUAAAACAUUGGGAAAAUC